AUGUCUGCCUACACCAAGUUCGCCAUCAUCGGAGCCGGCGGCGUCGGCGGCACCGUCGCGGACGAGCUGCUCAAGAAGGGCGAGGCCGUGUCCGUGACCGUCCUUACGCGCGACGAGAGCAAGCCGGAGCUGCAGGCCUUCAAGGCGCGCGGCGCCACGCUCGUGCAGGUCUCGUACGACGACGCGGACGCCGUCAAGAAGGCGCUGGCCGGCAGCGAGGUGGCCGUGAGCACCGUGUCGCCCUACAACAUGGACGUGCAGAAGGCCAUCGUGCCGGCGGCCAAGGCGGCGGGCAUCCAGCUCUUCGUGCCGGCCGAGUACGGCGUCAAGGUCACCGAGGGCCCGAACGCGACCAAGAAGGAGGUGCAGGACCUGCUGACGCAGCACGAGCUGCCCUUCACCAUCUUCUACACGGGCCUGUUCGCCGAGUUCCUGCCCUACUUCCUGGGCUACCACUACGACGAGGGCUACAUGAACGUCGUGGGUAAGGGCGAGACAGCCUUCAGCAUCACCUCGCGCACGGACGUGGGGCGCUUCGUGGCGCACGUGCUGUCGACGGCGCCCAAGAGCGCGCUGGAGGGCGCCAGGCUGCCGUUCGAGGCCGAGCGCCUGUCGCCGCUGCAGAUCUGCGACCUCGCCGAGAAGAAGCUGGGCAAGAAGAUCGAGGUGCGCCACGUCGACUACGAGGAGAACAAGAAGAACUUCAACACGGACUUCGUGGCGUUCCUGACGACCAUCUUCGAGGAGGGCCGCGGCGUCGUGGGCACGGAGCAGGAGGUGGCGGACACGGUGGCCAAGUUCUUCCCGGACUGGAACCCGACCAAGUACGAGUCUGUUACCCGCCAGCGGUCAAACAGGGAACAGAGUCCUUCAUUGCGUAAAUCCACUGGUACACUUGGUCUGCCUGGUAUCAGUAUCGAGUCUUAA